CAGUCAAGGCACACUUUAAAAUUAUGGACAGUACCGAGGCACCCUUUAAAAUGAUGGACAGUCCCGAGGUACCCUUUAAAAUGAUGGACAGUCCCGAGGCACCCUUUAAAAUGAUGGACAGUCCCGAGGCAGCCUUUAAAAUGAUGGACAGUCCCGAGGCCUUUAAAAUGAUGGACAGUCCCGAGGCACCCUUUAAAAUUUAAAAUGGGCAGUCCCGAGGCACCCUUUAAAAUUAUAGACAGUCCUGAGGCACCCUUUAAAAUUAUAGACAGUCCUGAGGCACCCUUUAAAAUUAUGGAACAGUUCCGAGGCACCCUAUAAAAUUAUAGACAGUCCCGAGGCACCCUUUAAAAUUAUGGAGAGUCUUGAGGCACCCCAUUUUAAAAUUUUAAAAUGAGUGCCCCUUUAAAAUUAUGGACAGUCUUGAGGCACCCCAUUUUAGAA